AUGUUAGCAACAAUUAGUCUAUCAUCAACUGUUAUUGAUGAGACAAUAAAUAUAUUACGAUAUGCAGGACUUUCUGUAACAAUAACUAAUGUACUUCAAAUAAAAACUCCACAUUUAAGACAUGAAAUAGAUGAGCUACGUGAAGAAAAUGCUCGUCUCAAACAAGAAUUCUUUCUUGUUAAAUCAAUACAUUCAACUACAUCAACAAAUACAAAAGUACACAAAAGUGAUGAUACAAAGUUACACCGACGAUUAGGAACAAUUUUUAGUUAUGUUACAAAUGAUUUUUGA